GAAGAAGAGCAGUGCGGAAGCGAAGAGGGACGCGUCGCCCUGCCAGGCUGCAACAUGAACCCACGACAUUGAUCCACGGCGACUGCGCCGCGCUAACCGGGGUGGGAACGACAACGAGUGGGACAACGAGGGGGACACUUGGACACCGUGGAAGUAGCGGAGAACGCCGGUGUCUUGGUGCGGAUCGGAAGGCGUCGCUUCUCAGGGGGUCAGGGGCGACACGUCCGUACAGCUGCAUGUUUUUGGCAGAGCACUGUGCCAAGUGACUGCAAAGCUCCAGGACAUGUCUGCAGCUUGCGUGAGGUGGACGCUGGGCCGCACACUGAGGGCCGUGUGCGGUGGCCCCCGGUGCCACUGGGCACCGGCAGCGAGACCGGCGGCACCCGGUGGUGACGGGCCUGACGUCGUCGUCGCCGCCGCCUCCUCCUCCUCCUUGAGGCGGUCUCCAUUCUCCACAGAUGCGGGCGACUCGGAGCAGGCUCCCGCGCCAAAGGCGAAGAACAAGCGCGACCCCAAAGCUCAAGGCACGAUCGGCGCCGUCGGCCGCAGGAUCCCCCACCGCGAGGUGCAGGUGAUCAGCGAGACGGGCGAGAACCUGGGCACCAUGCACCGCGCGGACGUGAUCCGGGUGCUGGACGAGCGGGGGCUCAAGCUGGUGCUGCUCAGUGACCGCAGAGACCCCCCCGUCUACCGGCUGAUGAGCGGCAAGCAGAUCCACGAGGAGCAGCUGAAGCUGCGGGAGAAACAGAAAGCAAAAGCAGCCCCCGUGCAGGUGAAAGAGCUCACCUUUUCGUCGGGCAUCGCAGCUCACGACCUGUCCACCAAGUUGAAGCAAGUGGAGGGCUGGCUGGAGAAGAAGAACCACGUUAGAAUCACUCUGCGAUCGGGCCGCGGGGGAUCCGCAGUCAACCUGGAUACAAAUCUGGAGCAGAUAGUGCAGCAAAUGGAGGUGAUGUUCGGAUUUGUUUCCAAACCAAAAGCCGUGCGCGACGGUCAAGCGGCCGUGUGCGUCCUCCGACCGCCUUCGGCAAAGGAACUGUCACAACAACCGAAGAGUAAAGGUGAUCCUUCGCAGUCUGACGACUCAACGUCACGGGCCACCGAGAGCCAAGCGGCCGUCCCUCCUGUUGGCGACACAGACGCCGCGGAAGGGUCCGCGCGGCCGGGUUCUGGUGCAAAUAAAACAUUGUCAUAAGUCAAAGUCUGCUCUUAAAUGUUAUGUGUGGUGUCAAUUAUUUUGACGGGCCCCAUUCUUCAUGUAAAAUAGUGAAUAUAUAUAUAUAAUGAAGCCCGGUGUUUAACAUUGACCAAAGUGUAAUGACCUUCGGCCUCCUGAAAGGGUCUCAGGUGGCAGAGCUGAAACCAAAAUCGUUGUAGACAAGAAGAAGGAUGUUUUUACAGUAUUGUGCCUCACGUUUGAAUACUGCAUUCACUUCUAAUACAUCUGCUCUUAAAAACAUCCCAUCCACUCUUUUCCCAGGGGGGUAGGGGGGUGGGGCAGCGUGUAGCAUGUAGCAAUAUGGUGGCAUCUAGCGGGGAGGUUGCAUGGUGCGACCAACUGAAAGCGGGUUCAUUUGAAGAGUUUGUUGAAGUACAGGGUUUGGUUUGUCCCUUCUGGCCUACUGUAGAAAACAUGGCCGCAGGCUCAUUCUAAGCUAACGAAAACACAACGAUUUGUAAUUUACAGGUUGGCAAAAUCCCCCUAACUGUUCCACCUUUGACUUGUCCUGGCUGUAAACGUAACCUCAAUGGACCAGUUGUUUGGGACAUGAUUGCCCUUGAGUCUUCACAUGUGACAUUGAGAAGACAUUUUUGAACCCAAAAUGUAAUAAAUACAAUUUUACACAUUACAUUUAAAUAACAUUGAACAGGCUGACAGCACCUACUUGUGCCUGUCCCAAG